AUGGGAUUCAACGUCAAGCUCACCUCGCUCGCCUCCAAGGUCCGCGAUGACGUGUGCCUCUGUUGCUGCGUCAUCUCCGGCGGAGUCUACGAGAACCUCCUCUUCUUCCCCGUGAUCCAGCUCAUCAAGGAUAGGUACCCCGGUGUGCAGAUCGAUGUCGUUGCCUCGCCCAAGGGGAAGCAGGUGUACGAGGUGAACAAGAAUGUGAGGUGGGCGAAUGUGUAUGACCCCGACGAAGAUUUCCCGGAGCCGACGGAGUACGUCAACAUGAUCGGUCUAUUAAAGCUUGCUGGACUUGGCCAUGCAGCAUUCCUGUUCAUGACAUCUACUCGGGACAAAGUAAGCUACGUGUACCCUAAUGUCAAUGUAGCAGGCGCAGGCCUGCUGCUCACAGAGACCUUCACUUCUCCAACCAUGAACCUCUCUGAAUGUGGAUACCACAUGUACGAUGAAAUGGAGGAAUGGUUAGGGAGAUCAUUUUGCAGUGUGCCAAGGCACCCAGUGUCUCCUCUCAGAGUGCCCAUCUCAAAGAAGCUCAGGGCCUAUGUGGAAGAAAAAUACAGUAAAGUCGGAGUUCGAAAGGGGGGAUUUGUUGUCAUUCAUGGCAUUGAAACAGAUUCUGUGGCUUCAAUGAGAUCCAAGGGGGACAGUGAUAGCUUGUUGCCGAUCCAAGUUUGGGUUGAAAUAGUAAAAGGUUUGAGGGUUGUGAAGCCUCUCUUUGUCAUCCCACAUGAGAAAGUGAGGGAGGAUGUAGAGGAAGUGGUCGGAGAUGACACACAUAUCUUCUUCAUUACCACUCCUGGUCAGCUAGCAGCUCUCGUUGAUGAUGCAAUCAGAGUAAUUGCCACAAACACUGCUGCCCUGCAACUCGCUAAUGCUCGCAACAAACCGAGUAUUGCAUUGUUUUCUUCUGAAGAAAAAGCAAACACCUUUGUUCCUAAUGCCCGAGAAAAGAGGUGUUCAAUCAUUGCAUCAAGCACAAGAAAGCUAAUAGACAUUGAUGUUGAGUCUGUGAAGAACACAGUGGAAAUUUUUGAAGGCUCUAAAGUACUAAUUAAUUUUUGA